UCUUCACAUUCACAACCUUAAGCCAUGUUCAACUUCUUCAAAACAUUAUUAUGCAUUCUAUGUUUCCUCUUUCUAUCCUUUCAUGUUUCUCUGUGUUUCUCUUCUUCUUCACUUGGGAACUUUACUUUUUGCUUGGAUAAUCACAAAAUAAAAAACUUCACUGCUUUCCCUUACAAUGAACAUGAUCAACCUUCUGCUUAUAAUUACUACAAACUUCUUAACUUUUCAAUUCAAAACCUUCGGUUCGCAGAACCUAAUAUUCCUAAGCCGAUCGCAAUUGUACUUCCAGAGAGUUUGGACCAGUUACAGAAAACUGUAACAUGCUGUAGACAAAAUUCUUUGGGAAUAAGAGUGAGAAGUGGUGGACAUAGCUAUGAAGGAACUUCCUCUGUUGCUGGUAAUGGUACUCUUUUCGUCAUCAUUGACAUGAUGAAUUUAAACAAUGUCAGUGUUGAUAUUAAGACAGAAACAGCAUGGGUUGAAGGCGGUGCGACAUUGGGAGAAACGUACUAUGCUAUCUCUCAAGCAAGUGAUGCAUAUGGAUUCUCAGCCGGGUCAUGUCCAACCGUAGGAGUCGGCGGACAUAUCAGUGGUGGUGGAUUUGGUUUGUUGUCUAGAAAAUACGGACUUGCAGCCGAUAAUGUGGUUGAUGCCCGUCUUAUUGAUGCGAAUGGGCGAUUAUUAGACCGCAAAACUAUGGGAGAAGAUGUGUUUUGGGCUAUUAGAGGAGGAGGUGGUGGUCUUUGGGGAAUUGUAUAUGCAUGGAAAAUUCAAUUGUUGAAAGUGCCACAAACUGUAACUAGUUUCAUUGUAUCUAGAACAGGCACAAAAAGUCAUAUUGCUAUGCUAGUGAAUAAAUGGCAAAAUGUGGCACCAAACUUGGAUGAUGAAUUCUACUUAUCAUGUUUUGUUGGUGCUGGUUUACCUGAAGCUAAAAUAAUAGGCUUAUCAACAACAUUUAAAGGGCUUUAUCUUGGUCCUAAAGCAAAAGCCAUAUCUAUGUUGAAAAAGGCUUUUCCUGAAUUAGGUGUUGCAGAAGAAGAAUGUAGAGAAAUGAGUUGGAUAGAGUCAGUUGUUUUCUUCUCUGGAUUAACUGUUGGAGCUUCUGUUUCUGAGUUGGGGAAUAGAUAUAUGCAAGAUAAAGAAUAUUUCAAGGCAAAAUCAGAUUUUGUAAGGAGCUAUGUUCCUCUUAAAGGUAUAGAAACUGCAUUGGAUUUUCUAGAAAAGGAGCCUAAAGGGUCUGUUAUUUUGGAUCCUUAUGGUGGGAUUAUGCAUAAUAUAAGCAGUGAUUCUAUUGCUUUUCCACACAGAAAAGGAAACAUUUUUUCAAUUCAAUACUUGAUUUAUUGGAAAGAAGUGGACAAUGAAAAAAGUAGUGAUUAUAUUAAUUGGAUAAGAGGAUUCUAUUCUUCUAUGACUCCUUUUGUUUCAUUUGGUCCAAGGGCUGCAUAUAUUAAUUACAUGGAUUUUGAUCUUGGAGUAAUGAAGAUGAUUAGUACUAAUGAUGUGGUUAAAGCAAGGGUUUGGGGUGAAAAGUACUUCUUGAAUAACUAUGAUAGACUUGUGAGGGCAAAGACUUUGAUUGAUCCUAAUAAUGUGUUCACUAAUGAACAAGGGAUUCUUCCUAUGCCUUUUAAUAGUUCCAAUGCCAAAGCACUUACUUCAUAAGUCAUUCUAUGUAUGUAAAAGGAUUUACU